AUGCUACCUAACGGAAAUGUGCUCUCUACCAUUGAGGAGGCAGUGCGGCUAGGUGUGUUGUCUUCGGAAGUACAACUUUCUAGAUUACGAAAAAUGACCCCUCUUGAUUUGUGCAAGGAAAUGAAGUCUCAUUUAUGUAAUGAGGAAACCUCUGCUGCGGCAAUUCAUGUGCUAGCUCAGGCUACUAUAAAAAGGGAUCUUUUGCAUGAUGAUGACUUAUGUGUUAUUGUUAACUUCCUUUGCGAAAAAGCCACAAAACCCAAGCUCACAGGAACAGCAUUAAAUAGCUUGAGAGUCAUUGUGGAUGACCUUCUUCCGAGCCAGAAGUGCUCAAUAGCAUUAUUUGUCACUCUAAUAAACUCAUUUAUAACAAAAGUACCUCUGCAGAAUCUUCGUUUAACAUCACGAAGGGAUGGCUUUGCCGUCAUUUCCUUCAUGAUUAAUAAGAGUACUAUUGAGUCAUGCGAUGCAGGGCAACUUCACACAUUGCUGGAGGCCAUGGAUGGUGAAGCUGAUCCAAUACUUGUCAACGACUUCUUCCAGUUUUGCAAGUUAGUGCUUACUCAUGCGAAACAAGAAGAGAUUCAAUCGGUUGCACAGAGCUAUUUUGAUAGCUUGGCUGCGUACUUUCCAGUCGUCUUUACGCCUCCGCCCAAGUGCCCUAUCACUAAAAGUGACCUUCAACAUGCCUUGUCGGCUUGUCUUUCCGAUCGAGUUUUAGUUAACAACUCUAUCCCCUUUUUCAUUAGUAAAUUGUCAUCUCCCUCUAUGAUAAUAAGGCAAGAAUCCAUAGAAGCGCUGGAAACAAUCAUUCAAACUUGUCCAAACCAUGUUGAAAAGAAGUAUUUCUUUGAUAUGGUAUUACAUACACGGAAUGAGAUCAUUAAGGCAUGCAUUUAUCCCCAAUAUGAAGAUAAUCCCUCAACAAAGAACUUCAUUUCUUUAUCUUUGGGUUUACUGAAGAGUAUCAGCAAAAAAUGUGGAGGGGGUACCGCUCGGUCAGCCUUAGAGAUUUUUGCGCCCAUUAACGAAGGUGUUAUUAGCUCUAUCAAUUCUGAGCAUUCCUCCUGUUCGGUCUACGCCACCAUGUUAUAUCACAUUCUCACAGGAUCGCUGUCUUGCAGCAUGGCUUGUGGACCCCAUCUCCUUACAAUGCUUUGUGCUGAAGGAGAAAAGAACGAUCUCCCUAACAUUUGGUUACUUUUGUCCGCUGUCUGUUCCGGACUAGACAAUGCUUUUUCUACCUUUGUGCACAACGAUGACACAGAGGCAGAAGAUAUCCGAUACCGUAUCGCGCCAAUUCUUUUGGAGCGACUUCUCGAUCGGGUAAGGUACUGUGGCCAUCAGAUAACGGCAAAUUUAGUUACUGAUGAAUUCCAUGCCAGUUGCAUAGUCGAGUUGCUCGCAUCUUUUUUUAGUCUUUCUGCGAAAUUGGCUCCAUGCAUCCAAAGGAGCGACGCCGAGUUUGCAUUGAAUGCACUUCUUCACGCCUCUGUUUUACUUGCUUCACCAGAUGCAGCAUCAAGUAAAGCCAGCAUGUUGAUUUGUAGUAUUGUUUCUCAUGAGACUGAUGAUUUAAUGAAAAUGAUACGUGAGGAGCUUAUCCAAAAAAUUAUUUUUGGUGCUUCUACUGACAGGGUACUCUCUUUACUGAAGGAGGUUUCGCGCGUUUCUUUGAAGCACGCUCUUUUUGUUAUCAAUGAAUGCUUCUUUGAGACGAUUCCUCCAGUAAACAAUUGGCAAACAGAACUAACAGAAGUACAGCGCUCGGAUGUUGUGUUGCACAUUCUAGAUUCUAUUGACACCAUAGGUGAUAAUAUGGCUAAGGAUCUGUUGAAGAAGCUAACCGAACACGAGGGGAAAUCUUUGUAUUACUUUAAAUGCAUUUUUUCACUCUUUACAAGGACACCAGAGGUGUUCCGUGAGACAAUUCGCAAGGACCUUGACCGGCUGCCUCUGAUUGUGGCAGCUGCAUUGGUGUGCUCAUAUACCUCUGCAUCUUUUUCUAAUUCCCACGCACAGACUAAGUGUUUGAUACGCCGAUUUGACAAAUUUAUUCGAUCUUCACAGAAUUCAUUGGGAAAAAUACUUGCCAUGAACGGUAUUUCGGGUGUGGUGAGCACUUCAACUCUGAAAUAUGAUGAAUUAAUUAGCUUCCUUAGUGAACUAUCGGUGGAUGUUGCUGUGCACAUUGCUAUCCUAUGGGGCAUAUGUUUUAGGCCAUUGAGUACUGAAGACUCUGACUCGACCGUGACGAUAAUAUCGUCAUCCUUAGGUAACUUAUUGUUAUCGGCAAAUAAGGACGAAGUACUUGAUACGUUAUCAUUUUCACCUAUUCAAUUUCCAACUGCAAUCUCGAGGGAAAGUCUGAAUAUCUUAAGUUGCUACUUCCUCAUCGAUAUGGAUGCUGUUGUGUCGCUUCGUGUUUACUGGAAGGGAGUUUUACGUUUAUUAAAAGUGAUGGCACUUGAAGUUCAACCUGCAACUGAAGCUAAUUUUCUAGCGCGAUUGCAUCAAGGCCUCCGAGUUGGGGUGGAGACUGAACUCUUAAGACAGGCCCUCAGUGCGUUCAUGGAAAAACAAUCGCCAGCUAAACUGGUGGUUAAAGAGCUGCUGUUGAGCCCUACUUUGUUGGCCUUUGUUCUCGAGGGGCUCCACUCGCAAAACUUAGUGAGUCGCUGCGAGACUCUUAAUCUCCUUUCGUCAUUUUCAACGUAUGCUGUAAAUUCAGUAAAUGAACAGCAUAACGAAAGUAAUCUCUUUCGCAAAGCCCGCGAUGUCAUACUCAACACUACUAAACUAUCUUUAAGUGAUAAUAAACGGAAGGUGCGAAGGGCUGCGGCAUACUGCCGCCACAUGUGGCAUAACUUGAACUAG